AAGCCCACUUCCUUUCUGUGAACGUGAAUAUCAGCAGGCACAUGCAAUAGUUCCUGAUGUCACUUUAACCCUGACAGAGGCAGGCAACCAUUCAUGUUCUAGUUCAGUUUUCAUACUGAUAAGUGCAUUAUUUCAUUUGCGUUUAAUAGUUAGCUGUAGGUUAUACAUUUUGGCUUCUGCCAUUUCUGACCACUUGAGCUUACUUCUACAACCACAGGGUAAGACUCGAAGGAAAAGUGCUAGUGAGGUAAGGAAAUGGAAAACAUUUAUGAAAAUCGUGACGUCUCCAAAAGGAAUGGUAGUGAAAUCUGUCAUUCUCCAACAGAAACAGCGGAUAAUGUUUAUGCGAAUACGAAGCAACAGUGUCCAAAGCCCAAAAAACGCACAGCUUCAUCUCCAUUUGGGUACAAGAUCAUCAUAUGUGCUCUUGGUCUCCUAAUGCUUGGUGCUUUAGCAUCACUCUGUGCUUUAGGGAUCUUGUAUCACAAUAAAGUUGUUUCCACUGAGAUAUUAAGUGAGAAGUAUGAGAAUGCCACAGCCACACUGAUGGUGCUAGGAUACAAAGCCAAAGAAAAAGAGAGUAUCUAUGAAAUGCAAAAGAUGAAGCAUCAGGAGCUCGUCUCUGCCUGCAACAAGACAGAAAGACCGUAUAAAGAACUGAAGGCAAAGCAUCAGGAACUUGUCUCUGCAUGCACUGAGACACAACAGCUGUAUAAAAUGCUGAAGGAGAAGUAUCAGCAAGUUCAUGAACGUCUCUCUGCAUGCAAUGCAAAUCAAAACUGCAGACACUGUGAGGAAGGAUGGAAGUCUCUUGGUUUAAAGUGUUACAACUUCUCAACUAACAAACUGACCUGGACACAGAGUAGAGAUUACUGUGUGGAGAAAGGAGGCCACCUGGUGAUUAUAACCAGCCAAACUGAACAGGAUUUUGUAUCUUCACAAAUUGGAGAAACACACUGGAUUGGCCUGAAUGACCUGGAGACUGAGGGAAAGUGGAUGUGGGUGAACAACCAGCCCUUAAAGACGGGUGUAACGUUCUGGUUUAGAGCUCCAGAGGGACCACGUGAGCCUGAUAACUGGAAAAAUGAGGACCCUUCUGGAGAGAACUGUGUCGCUCUGGGGGAUGCAAAUGGACCAAGAACAGAGGAUCCUGAUUAUGUGAAUAUGCCGAAGUGGCGUCCAAAGCACGAAACAUGCCCAGGUUCUGGUGUCACUGUCCAGAGGGCCUAAAUGAACCUGAUAACUGGAAAACUGAGGACCCUUCUGGAGAGAACUGUGUCGCUCUGGGGCAUGACAAUGGUGACACACAUAAAUGGUUUGAUGCUUCUUGUCGUACGCUGAAACAAUUCAUCUGUGAAAAGUAAAAUACCGCUCUUUUCACUUGCAUUUGUGCCUGCAAAUACGUGUGUUUUUGAGAAACGAGGAUAAUUUUUGGCCAUGCCACAGUUUGAGCCUGAUUGAUUGAUAUUCUAAAAUAGCCAACAUUAAAUUUGCCUAUACUUUUUUUUUAAAUACCAGGUAUCAAGGUAACCAUUCACUUUUUGGACAAGAGUAAAUCUUUUACAUAAUCCAUAACAUUUCACAUUUUUUUUUCAACAUUUUAGAAGGUCUUGGAUUUCAGACCUCUCUGCUUAAAUGGACAGAUGUUUUUUUUUUAUGUGAUUAUCUAAGCUUGCGUAAACCUCUAGACCAUUAGAAGAUGGCAUGAGAUCAUGUAUGUAGAUUUUCUCCCUCUGCCUUGUAGAAACUUCAACAUUUAACAAUAUCUAUUUAGAAUAGUUUGACUAUCAUGAAUCGCCAGUGUUUUAUUUCCUUGAAAACAUGUUAAAGACAAAG